GACAAAAAAUCAAAAAAAAUUUCUGUUGCGGGUGGUUGUGGUUUGCGGCGCGCGUGCUGAUCGAAAUUUGCGACAUGACAAAAUAAACAAGUAGUGUGAUAUAAAACGGAUAAAGAACCCCUGGAAAAGGGUUUGGCCAAGCAGCCAGCACUUUGAUUUGUGUUUAAUGUUCGGCUUUCAAAGUAAAUCGCCGCGUCUUAAGUCGUCUUAAUUGUUUAUGUCCGUACGCAAGGUAAAUUGCCAACAAUUCAGCCGCUGAAAGUGCCAAAAAUGAGCCAGAAUCAGAAGAAAUGAGCGGCUAAAGAGGAAUUUGCGAAAAGAGGAAGCAGUCCUGGCCAUGUGUAUGUGUGAGUGUGCAUGUGUGUGUUGGCGUCGCUAAAAAGUGCAUGUGAAAAGUAUUGAGUCGAAGGAAAAAGGCAGAAAAGGUAACGAAGAGAGGCACAAAAAGUGAGAAAAUUGCUGGAGAAACAACAAACAUAUAGUGGCAAAAUAAAAUAAAGUUUUCUUAAAAAACCGCAGUCGACUGCGUUGCGUGCACUUGUAUGUGCCGCUGCAUGUGUGUAUGAAUGUGGAAGUAAAGAAGAAAAAAAACAGUUUUGCAGCGGAGUACAAAUUCCAAUUGGAGUCUGUAGGAGCAUUCGGCGAAUCAAAUAAAAAACAACCGAAAGUGAAUUGAAUUGAAUGGCAUCGAAAGGAUUGGAUGGAUGUGCUUUGCCGCGAGUCACUGAAUAAAUUUCGACUUUCGCACAUUGGCAGGCUUUUCACACUCGAUUAUUGGAAUUAAUUUAGAUACUCGAAACAACCGACAUUUUAUCAAAAUAACGAAACAAGUAUUUUGCAUAAAAACGAACGGAAAUCGAAAGGAACGCCCUGAAGGUCAUUGCCAGAGAGCGGAACGCCGGCAUCGGAACGGAAAACAAUGAAUAUCAGAGGAAGCCAGGCAGACAUGCAAAUAUUGGGCGACUUUUGAGGGGUUCGAUUAGCAUAACUCGCUCCCUAAAUAAUAAAUAGUUAUCCCUCACAUGCACACAUGGAAAAUAAAGCCAAAUAAAGUUGGAGAACAAUGGAAAUGCAACAGGAAAACGAUCUGGCAAGAGAAAGGGGAGUCCCGAAAUCAGAGAAAGACGGGGAGAUGAGAAGUAACCAAGAGACUGAAAAAGCGGCCAUUAUAAAAGGUGGAAAUGAAGGAUCGCCAAGGGAAUUGGAGUCCCCGAACGAAACCCAAACCACCCGAAAUCAAGAAAACACAACGAAACCCCAUAAAUUGGAUGGCAUCUUCGCCAUACCAGCCACGCCCCGUAAUAAGACGGGCCUAACUACAAAAUCGGCCAGCAGUAGCCGCAGUAGUUCCCUCAAAAAACAAAGACGUGGAUCCAGAGGAAAUGCAAAUUUGAACGUAAUUGGAACGGAAAAUGGAUUUUCAAACAGCAGCGCCUCUGGCGGUGGUCAAUUAAACCAUGGCACUAACAGUGUUGGAAACGACCUUAUGAAGCAGUCACAGUCCAUGACGUCACUGCAGGCCUCAAAUGAGGAACAGCAGGAGCGCCGUGACGUCAUGCAGGCCAAGCUCCAUUUGGAACGGCCCUACAACAGCCUCAAGAAAAAUUCGCAUAGCAAUAAAAUGCACCGUUAUUCGUGGGGAAGCGGAAACAGUCAAUGCAGUUCCACCAGCCUCCACAGCAGCGCCACCUUGGGCUUGGGUUCCUCUGGCAAAGACGACCUCUGGGCGGCCAUUCAAACGAACUACAACUACAUCAUGGACACGAACCUUUUGGAUACCUGCAAGGAGGCGCGCUGUGAGAUAGAGGGCGCAGCAACAGUGCUGGAAAAGUCUAGUGAAUGUUGUUUUAAGAUGCUCGAUGAGACCCAAAGACCCGAGGGCCUUUGUGAGGAUCCCAAGGAAUUACGGCGUUGGCUCCGCGAAAUGGAGAGUAAAUUGGAGAGUUCGCCCACAAUCACUGAGCUCACUUUGUUUGGCAACGCGGAAUUGCAGCGCCAUCUAGCAGUACACUCGGUGUUGUACCAUGAAAUUGUAUCACACGCUCGAGUGGUGAGCUCUUGCAUUCGAGCCGCCGAAAAGGAGCAGCAACUCCAACAGCAGCAGCAGCAACAAUUGCAAUUGCAACAGCAGCAGCAACUGUCGAGUCAGCAACCCGCCUCAUUGACCAGCAACUGCUCCAGUGAGUCAACCAGCGACUCGGCCACAAAGUCGAGCAGCCUGAGCAGUGGUUUCGCCUCCUCCGAUCCGGUGACCACACCCAUAGGAACCACGCAAACUGCCCCACCACCAACAGUCACCCACCACCCAUCAAAGAAGGGGGAGGGAAACUUGGAGCGACUAAGGGAUCGCUAUCAUCUGUUGUAUCUGAAGGCUUUCGAACUUCAAUUGUGUCUGGAUAAUCUGCUUAGGAAACGCAGUUCCACAGCGAAUGGUUUGGAUGACGACGAGGACGAAGAGGAGGACACCGAAGACGACUCCUUCGGCUACGAGGGCGAAGCCACCGAGGACGAUCUGAACGAGGUCAACUCGGAUCUGGAUUUGGAGAACAGCGAACCCAAGUCGGCCACCCCCGCGGAACUGAUCCUCCAGCGCUGCCAGAUUGCAGCCACCCAGAUUGUCUGUGGCCUGGAUGAGGAGUCCCAUUCGCCAUCCCAGCAAAUCCCAUCCCAAGCGGAGUCCCUGUCAGCGGAUCAGCCACGCGAUUGUCUUGCACCUCAAAAGCCCGGCGAUGAGGCCGAUGAGGAGCUAGAGGAGGAGGACGAGGAUCCCGAUCUAGGCACCGACGUGGUGGACUUCCUGAUUGCCAAGCGAUCGUGGAGACAGGCGAAUCACCACCCGAAUCCCAGUGGGGCAGCCACCCUGACGGAUUUCGAGGCGGACUCGGAGAGCAGUGACUUCGAGCAGGUGCAGCAGCUGAGCAGGAGAGGAUUGCCUGUGGUGGCGGGAAUUACCCGAAGGGUCCUCAACCUCAUAGAGAUGCCCCAGAGCAGUAAUAGCAAUAUCAACAGCAGCAACUCGUUGCUGCAGCAGCGACAUCAUCACAAUAUUGGCAACAAAAUGCUGCCCAAUAAGGCGCAUAACAAAAACAUAGCCGUGGCGGUAAUCACACCCAAUUCGCAUGGGAACACCAGUCAUGGUCACGGUCACGGACUGAGUCACGGGCUCGGUCACGAGCUGAACAAGUCGCCGCUGGGACUGCGAAAGACGCGUCAUCAUGACACCUCCAAGUUCAACCGAUCCAAUCGCAAGUCGAAGAACUGUGCAAUCUUCUACUUCAAGCACUUGGACACGGACAACGAGCAGGGGAAUGCGGCGGGCAGUGAUCUCCAGAGCGAGGAUGAUCCGUGCCUGAUCCACCGGCGGAGAGUUGGAGACGGAGGAGCUGGUGGCGACAUACUGAAAUCGGCUGAUGCCUCAACGGAUGACGACGACGAAGGUUGGCUCUACACGGCGACAGCAGCAGAAACAUUGGAAGUUGCCACAGCAACUGCAACAUCCACUGCCACAGCGGCAGCCAACACAUCGACUGUGGAUGGUCUCCAGUCCACGGCCAUUUCCUCGACCACGGCAACGGGUGGACCACUCCCGCCCAGCGACGACUCCGAUAAGGAGAACAAGGAGGCUCUGGUCAGCACCACAACCACCGCGGCAGCAGCGACUGCGACAGCAACAUUGCACAGCAGCAACUACGACAGCAGCAGCGCCUGCUCCUCCUCUAAUUCAAAUUCAAAUUCGAAUUCCAACUCCAACUCCAACGGCAGGCUCACGGAGACCUCGGCCACCUCGCGAGUCACCCAGCUACAGAUGCAGAUCCACUCGCACUCCCAGAUGCAGAUGGAGUUCCAAAUCAAUGGCAAUGCCAGCGAUGGCAGACACGUCAUUAGCAACAACAAUUGCUACAGCAACAUGCAACAUGAGCAGCAGCAAAACAACAACGAGGGGGAGGCCGUCCCUGCCGCCGAGGAUCUGGCCAAGAUCAAGAUGGGCGUCGAUGAGACAGCUGCUGAUGUGGCGAAUGGAAACGCCGGCAAGUCUCAGCAGAUGAGCAACAGUUUCUACAGCCGCGCGGACAUCUGCAACAUCAGCGUGUGGCCAGCUGAAACGGUGGCCAGUAGCCACUUGCCACCAAGAUCCCCGGCCAAGUCGGCCAAGUCCUCCAAAUCCCAGGCCAGCAGCAGCAACGCCACCUUGUCGGCAUCCCUGCUCGCCUCCCCAGCCAAGGGCAAGGUCUCGCAUGAUUCAAUCAAGCAGUUGGUGCUGGAAGCCGAGCAUUUGGUGCGCGACGCCCAAGAGGCCGCACUGAAGACGCCAACCAAGCAGAAACAUUCCAUCAUUAAGAUCUCGUCGACGGUCAAGAAGCGCGAGGUCACCAUGUCGCAUCCCAUCAAGCAGCGAGUGGAGGAAUGGCUGGAGCACCAGCCCUCGACCCCACAGCUGCUGACCCGCAGCCACACGCAUGAACUCCUGCCAAGCUGCAAGCCCGAUGACUGCGAGGCAUCUGGAGAGGCCUCCGAGACGGACUCGGUGCCUCAAGCGGGAACAGGAGUGGCGGGAGGAGCACCCAACGGAGGGGCGGGAUCGGAUACUUCGGAGGGCUUCACCGAUUCCAUUGCCACCUGUAUGCAAACGAGCACGAAUUCCUACGGGAAUUCCACGGAGAGAAUCGGUGGGUCUGCCGAGCCCAUUGGUCAGCCAGUCACUCCUUUGGGAUUUGGCAGCAGCAACCAGAGCCUGAAUGUGAAGAUUGUGAAGCGACCGCAGACGCGCCGCAAGUCGGAGAGACCGUGGUCUGUUUCGUGUCUGUCCCAGUUGACCACGGAUGCAGCCCAGUUGACCAAGGCCCGGAUAGUGGAGAACUCACCGCCCGGAUUGGCCAGUCAUUCGAUCAGCGAGAGCGCCCUAGACUCGCUCUCUCCGGGACCAAGGCCGCGGGCCGCUUCUUCCUCGGGAACGGGAAGCAAUGCGGCCAGGAAGGCGGACAGCAAGGGAUCCCUGAGGAGGAGGAAGGCCAGAAAGAAGCGCAUUUCGGCCGCUUCGGCUGGCAGGAAAUCAGAUUCAGGUUCCGAACUGGGUGGGGAUCUCACCCAGACACUGAUGAAGUCCUGCGAGUCGAUGUCCUCGCAGCAACUGCAGGAGUUCACAAAUGCCCUGCUGAGCAUCCAAAAGGGAGCAGCUAUUGCCCCACUGAGUCCCAAGGGAGAGGUUUCAGGGGUAACUCUGCUGGCCGAGGGCGAGGCAGGUGAAACCCCGCUGAUGCUACCCAAAUUCCGGGUUGGAUCCUUCACCACAGCUGGCCUCUUGGCCAGUGAAACGAGAUUGGGAGCUCUAGCAGCCCUCUCGAACUACAUGAACGAGGACGAGCAGCAAGCAGAACUUAGCACCGAGGACCAUCACAGCAGCAUCUCGGAGACGGCCUGGGACAACUACCAAGAGAAAUACAACUCGGAGAACUAUUCCGAGGGCUUCGAUUCGGAUGCGGCCCGUCGUCUCUUGGAAUUCGGCGACGACUAUCGCAAUUUUAUCGACUCGCAGUCGGACUGCUGCAGUUCCCUGUCGGCGGCCAACAAUCUGGACUCGUUCUCGCCACCGCGCAUGGAUUCGCUGCAGAAGCACGAGCUGAAGACCCUACACAUCAACCAGGACACGAUUACCAGCAGCGUGGACCACGCCCGCCGCCAGCGCGCCCUUGAACUGCAGUACGAGCGCCGUCGCAAGACCCUGGAAGUCCGACGCAAGUCCUGUCAAGACAUGGAUGAAAUCCCAGUGGCCAACAGCCAGAAGGAGCAGCAGCCGCAGCAAUUGCAGACCCAGCCUUCGCUGUCUGCCUCCGCCACCGCACUGAUGACCACGCCCAAGAAUCAGUCCAUCGGCCAGCAGCUCAGCCAUCGCACAGAGUCCGUGGGUCGCAAGUUGGAGUUCGGCGGAAUGAGCCACUCGGCCCAGUCGCUGCUGCGUCGCACCUCGGAGAGCGAUACCUCGACCAGGAGGCGCCGCACUGUGACGGCGGACGAGAGAAGACGCUCCUCCCGCAACCUGGAGAAGAGCAUAAAGCUGAUUCCGGCCACCACUUCCUCCUCGAGCGGAUCGGACUCCGAGGACGGAGAGCAGGAGAUGCGAUCCCUGCUGCAGCAAAGCCGCGACAGGCUAGACGAUACAAGGGCCCUGAAGAUCAGGUGCCAUCUGCUUAGACCAGAGGAUUACAACGAGAUCAUCAACACUUGCCGCGACAACAUCCGAUGCUUGGAGGCCGUUCUGCGCGGUCCGCCCGGCACCGUGCUGUCCAACCACUGCGCUGGCCAGACAAAAGAUCUGCUCGCCGCCUGGGAGGAUCUGCUCGGCUGGAGCGAGAAUGCCUCGGCUGCCCGCAAGUUGCAGCAGGAGAUGAGCGUGCUCAAGCACUCGCUGCAGCGACUGGGGGACAAGCCCACGCCGGAGCUCCUGGACACGGAGCCCGCCAUCCAAAUCGCCGUGGAGGCUCUCAAGUUGGAGCAGUCCCAGCUGGCCAGCUACAGGACCAACAUGCUGCGCCUCAACGCCUCCGUCCACAGCUGGCUUACCAGGCAGGAGAGGCGUCUGCAGAGCGCCUUGGAGGAGCAGGAGCAGCAACAGGAGUCCGAACAACUCAAGCAGGAAGAGAAACCGAAGGAGGAGAAGAAGGACCUGGCCUGCAGCGGAGCAGUGGCCAUCACGGUCACCGACAGCAAUGGCAACCAAGUGGAGGCUCUGGCCACAGGAGAAGCCUCCACCUCCACGCCAGCCUGGGAUGUGCACUCGCUGAUGUCCGCGGAGCAGGAGUUCCACAAGCACCUCAAAAACGAAGUGAGCGACAUGUACAGCGCCUGGGAUGAGGCGGAUGCCAGAAUCAACACGCAACUGGAGAUGCUCACCAACUCGUUGAUUGCCUGGCGGCAGUUGGAGUCUGGUCUGAGUGAGUUCCACUUGGCCUUGGGUCAGGAUAGGGGCACCCUGAAGGGUCUGGAGGGAGCACUGGACAAGGGGCAAGCCACGCCUGUGGAGCUGGCCCAGAACGUCAAGCUGGUGGCCAAGCUGCUGUCCGAAAAGGUCCAUGUCAGCCAGGAGCAGCUUCUGGCCGUGCAACAGCACUUGGAUCCCAAUCAAAUCUACCACAUCGCCAAGUUCACGGCCUCGAAUGGUUCGCUCUCGGAUUCUGGAAUCUCCGACGGAGGUGCCACCUCAGAUGGUGGACUAUCCGAGAGGGAGCGACGCUUGGGUGUCCUUCGACGUCUUGCCAAGCAGUUGGAACUGGCUCUGGCGCCGGGCAGCGAAGCCAUGCGUUCUAUUGCCGCCCGAAUGGAGAGUGCCGAGGCCGAGCUGAAGCACCUGCAGAAUACCUGCAGGGAUUUGAUUGUGCGCACGGCAGCCAGCCACCAGCAGAAGCAGCAGAUCCAGCAGAGUCAGGGCCAUCCGGUUUCACCCAAGGCCAAUGGACAGGUAAAGAAGCAGGCUGGGAAAGGCAACGGAGGGCAACCACAGUCGCCUGGUAAACGCGGAAAAGCAGGAAGAAAGGCGCGUCAGGCAAAGAACGCAGGAGACGAUCAACAAGUCGAAGAGGAGCAGAAGCUCAGCCCAGAACAGCAGAAACUUGUACUGAAGCAGCUCAAGAGUCUGGCAAGUGGCGAUGGAGGCGACGACCCCUCCGAUGAUCCCUCGCUGCUAUUCAACUUGGAAAGCUCCGAGGAAGAUGCCGAGGAAGCGGAUCCCACGCAGGCCUCCAAGCGCGGGUGGGCGUGGCGCAUCGCGAGGGCGGCUGUGCCCAUGCAGGUGGCCCUGUUCACCAUCUUCUGCGCCGCCUGUCUGAUGCAGCCCAAUUGCUGCGACAAUCUGAACAACCUGUCCAUGAGCUUCACGCCCCAGCUGCGCUAUAUCCGCGGACCACCUCCGAUUUGAGGACAGAAAGCGACUUUAGCCCAUUUAGCAGGCCGCUCACAUCGUUGUAGGUUACCGUUACGUUAUGUUAAGGCAUUUAACAGCUGUAACUAGAGUUAACCAGAGAGUUAACCGCCACUUGGCAGAGCUACUCAGCUCGCUUUUGGCGCGCGUCUCCCGCGCUCGAGGUUUUAUAAGGCAAACAGAGCGCUCUCCUCCGAAAGGUGCGACACCCAGAGGCAGCCCAAUUUUAUAUGUCUAAUUUAGGUAGCGAGCGCGAAAUGAACGCAAUUUAUAGUAAGGAUAUAUUUGUUAUUUCGGUUAAUUUCCUACGAGUUUAGGUUGCAGUUCGAUUGAACGCAUUGAAGAUGUACUUAGGCGAUUGAAAAGCCACCUGAAAACUGCCGCAUAAGGAGGAACAAACGGGAGGAUCAGGAUCCCCACCCAGUAAAUAUUUAUACGAAUGAGAAUGAUCAAUUGAGAGUCGUUAUUGUAUACUUUUUUGUUUGAAAAACACUAAAGUGCCUACAAAUGCGAACUGUGAACGAGGAGCUAUCAAAAGGAGCAGAUGACAAAGGAUCCGGAGGGGAAUCCAAAUGAGAGUAUCAAUCCAAGGCAACGAAGCAAACAGAAGCUAAAAGCCAACCGCACUACGGGAGUUAUCGGAUGAAGCUCACCAAAACAGAGAUUGAGAAUCAGAGUUUAUAUUUUUAUACGCAACGCAACUAUACACAAUCAGUGCGAAGACAACGACUCUUCAGAACCACACACAUCAUACGUUUUAUGUCUAUUAUAUUAAUAGGAUAAACCUUAAACUUAUUUUGCAAGCCGAAAAAUUCAACAAAAAAAAGAAACUAGAAAUUAUCUCUUAGGUUCGUGUUUGGAAUUCCUAGACUUAGUUUAUGAUUUACCCACUCCUGGCAGAUGAUCGUUGUAAUAUACUUGUAAGGUUUAUAUA